AUGGUGUUUGGUUUUUUUACUAACUUCAGCAACAUCAUCAUCCUCGAGAAUGACCUGUUAGCAUGUCGCGGACAAUUGGCUUCAGAGCGUGGUCUGGCCACGCAACGUGAACGUCAACUCAUGCAACGCAUUCAAGAACUCACCAGUCGACUUUGGGUUGCUGAAAAAUUUCUUGAAAGUGCUCGAACUGGAUCGAUUGUGAGAUGCGUAUCGGAGAGGCGAAUUCACGACCUGUCUUGUAAUUCCACAGCGACUAUUCGAAGGCGAACCAAAAGUUCUGAGCCUAUUUUGACCUCGGUUUCUAAUUCCUUCGUAUCGGCUGAAUCGGUGAAGAAGAAGAAGAAGAAGAAACUAUCUGACCACUUGCAUCAACCGCGUUCUUCGGUGAAAAUCUCCUUUGAUGCCUUAUCUUCUUUACGCAAGAAGGCCUUUGCCGAAAUGAAGCUAACAAGCUUACCUCUGAUAACCUCUCUUCACUUAUUUGGUAGUUCAAAAAUGGCCGAAUUUAUUGACUCUGAUGUUAAAUGA